GGGAGGGGACUCGAGUGGGGGAUUCGAGGGACGCUGCAGCCCCGCCUCCGCCCCCUCCUCUCCUCCUCUUCAGAACCGGAGGAGCGGGGGAGCAUGGACCAAACCCUGCUGCUCUGGCACCAUGACGCUCGCCCACUUCGUGGUGGCUCUGGUUUUAGGGGCGCUCCCCGAAGUGGUCGGCUUUGAUCUAGUCCUCAGGUAUCCCCUCCACCACCGUUAUCGCCAUUCGCUCCCUCCGGGUCCCCCGCACCCUUACUACCUUCCCACCCAGCAGCGGCAACAGAGAACGCCUCCGUCGCCCUCUCUCCCGCGCGUCCCGCGCGUCCCGCGCCCCCCGCCCGCGCCCCAUGCCCAGCGCCUGCACGCCCUCCAUGCCGGGCGCACGCCCGGGCCGCACCCCGGGGACUGCCCAGCCGGCGAGCCCUGGGUCAACGUGACGGACUUCGGCGCCCCGUGUCUGCUCUGGGCAGAGGUGCCACCCUUCCUCGAACGGUCGCCCCCGGCGAGCUGGGCUCAGCUGCGAGGGCAGCGCCACAACUUCUGCCGGAGCCCGGACGGUGCGGGCAGACCCUGGUGCUUCUAUGGGAACGCCCACGGCAAGGUGGACUGGGGCUACUGCGACUGCAGACACGGGUCAGUACGACUUCGAGGUGGCAAAAAUGAGUUUGAAGGCACAGUGGAAAUCUAUGCGAAUGGAGUUUGGGGCACAGUGUGUAGCAGCCACUGGGAUGAUUCCGAUGCAUCAGUCAUUUGUCACCAGCUGCAGCAGGGAGGAAAAGGAGUAGCAAAACAAACCCCGUUUUCUGGACUGGGCCUUAUUCCCAUUUAUUGGAGCAAUGUCCGUUGCCGAGGAGAUGAAGAAAAUAUACUGCUUUGUGAAAAAGACAUCUGGCAGGGUGGGGUGUGUCCUCAGAAGAUGGCAGCUGCUGUCACAUGUAGCUUUUCCCAUGGCCCGGCGUUUCCUGUCAUACGCCUCGUGGGUGGGAGCAGCGCCCGGGAAGGCCGAGUGGAGCUCUACCAUGCUGGUCAGUGGGGGACUGUCUGUGAUGACCAGUGGGAUGAAGCAGAUGCAGAAGUGAUCUGCAGGCAGCUGGGCCUGAGUGGCAUUGCCAAAGCAUGGAACCAGGCAUAUUUUGGGGAAGGCUCUGGUCCAAUAAUGUUGGAUGAGGUACGCUGUACUGGGAAUGAGCUUUCUAUUGAACAAUGUCCAAAGAGUUCCUGGGGAGAGCAUAACUGUGACCAUAAAGAAGAUGCUGGAGUGUCCUGUACCCCUCUGACAGAUGGGGUCAUCAGACUUGGAGGUGGUAAAGGCAGCCAUGAGGGUCGCCUGGAGGUGUAUUAUAGGGGACGGUGGGGGACUGUCUGCGAUGAUGGCUGGACUGAGCUGAAUACAUAUGUGGUUUGCCGACAACUGGGAUUUAAAUAUGGCAAACAAGCCUCUGCAAACCACUUUGAAGAAAGCACAGGGCCCAUAUGGUUGGAUGAUGUCAGCUGCUCCGGAAAGGAAACAAGUUUCACUCAGUGUUCCCGGAGGCAGUGGGGAAAGCAUGACUGCAGCCAUCGGGAAGAUGUUGGUAUCACCUGCUACCCUGGUGGCAAUGGACACAGACUAUCACUGGGUUUUCCUGUCAGACUGAUGGAUGGAGAAAAUAAGAAAGAAGGACGAGUGGAGGUUUUCAUCAAUGGCCAGUGGGGAACAAUUUGUGAUGAUGGGUGGACUGAUAAGGACGCAACUGUGAUUUGUCGCCAGCUUGGCUACAAGGGCCCUGCCAGAGCAAGAACCAUGGCUUACUUUGGGGAAGGGAAAGGCCCCAUCCAUGUGGAUAAUGUGAAGUGCACAGGAAAUGAGCGGUCCCUAGCUGACUGUAUCAAACAAGAUAUUGGAAGACAUAACUGCCGCCACAGUGAAGAUGCAGGAGUCAUUUGUGAUUAUUUUGGCAAGAAGGCAACAGGUAACAGUAAUAAAGAAUCCCUCUCAUCUGUUUGUGGUUUGAGAUUACUGCACCGUCGGCAGAAGCGGAUCAUUGGUGGGAAAAAUUCUUUAAGGGGUGGUUGGCCUUGGCAAGUGUCCCUCCGGCUUAAGUCAUCCCAUGGAGAUGGCAGGCUCCUUUGUGGGGCCACGCUCUUGAGUAGCUGCUGGGUCCUUACAGCAGCACACUGCUUCAAGAGGUACGGUAACAGUACAAGGAGCUAUGCUGUUCGGGUUGGGGAUUAUCAUACUCUGGUGCCAGAAGAGUUUGAAGAAGAAAUUGGAGUUCAGCAGAUUGUGAUUCAUCGGGAGUAUCGACCUGACAGCAGUGACUACGACAUCGCCCUGGUUAGAUUAGAAGGACCAGAAGAGCAGUGUGUCAGAUUUAGCAGCCAUGUUUUGCCGGCCUGUUUGCCACUCCGGAGAGAGAGGCCACAGAAAACCGCCUCCAAUUGUUACAUAACAGGAUGGGGAGACACGGGACGAGCCUAUUCAAGAACUCUACAACAAGCAGCCAUCCCCUUACUUCCCAAGAGGUUUUGUGAAGAACGUUACAAGGGUCGGUUUACAGGAAGGAUGCUUUGCGCUGGAAAUCUACAUGAACACAAACGUGUUGACAGCUGCCAGGGAGACAGCGGAGGACCACUCAUGUGUGUUCGGUCAGGAGAGAGUUGGGUCGUGUACGGGGUGACCUCCUGGGGGUAUGGCUGUGGAGUCAAGGAUUCACCUGGUGUCUAUACCAAAGUCUCAGCCUUUGUACCUUGGAUAAAAAGUGUCACCAAAUUGUAAUUCUUCACAUGGAAGCUUCAAGAGAAAAUACUGGAAAAUGUUCAACAUCCACAUUAGCACUCAGCCAGAGAUGCCAGCCAACGGAGAUGAGA